AUGAAAAUAAACAAUGAUGCCCUCUAUGAUAGUAUUCCUGUUGUUGCAAAUCAGGAAGGAGAUUUAAAGAAUUCACAAAUUUCGGACCUAACAAAAAAGUUAAUGUGGUAUGCAUUUCCUUAAAUUAAUCAUAAUUCUACAAUUGCUAGUUUUGAUUAAACUAUGUUAUUUAUGGUUAAGGUAUAUUCAUUUCUAGCUGGAAUGAUCCUAAGUUUAUAUUUAAUGAUAGUAAUUCUAUAUUUCUGUGAUGAUUUUCGAUAGAGUUUGAUUUAAAUAGUUGAGUUUUAAGAAAAGCAUUAUUCAUUUUAUUAGACUUAAGCAACUAUUUUUUAUUGGAUAAACAUGAUGUUUACAAUAUGUCUUGGAUUUAUAAUAAACAUCUUUAAAUCAACAAGAGAGGUAUUCAACUUUAUUAAAUUAGUUUCCGUUUAAUAUCAUUUUUUACAUAGUAUUUUCAUUUUGUAUAGGCCUUCUAUUAGGAGCUCCUAUUGCAAAUAAUUUAAGUAUGCAUAAAUAAGGAUUCAUCAUAAUCUUAUAUUUAUUUUGUAUGACGAUUGGAACAUUUACAUGCAUUAUUAUUUUUACAUUUAAAAAACGUAUCCUAGAUAAAUCAAAUUGUAUUUUAUCACAAUCAUAUUUAGACAUACUUCUAGUGAUUUUUAUUGUUAUGAUUUUUUUGCUAAUUAUUUUUAUUUUUACCAUGAAAUCUUUUAUAGGAGUGUUAAUUGGGGGGGCAAUUUGUCAUGUAAUUUAUAGUUUUCUUAUGUUGUUUGAAGCAUAAAUGAUAAUGCAUGGAAAAGUAAUUAUAUUUUAAUGUGGUAGUUUUUGCUAAAAACAAACGAAUUUAUAAUUGGAGCGCUCUUAUUUUACAUUGAUAUGACCGUGUUUAUAUUAUAUCUAAGUGUUGUUGCCUCUGUAGCUUUAGUCAUUGGUAUCUGUAUAGCUCUGUGUAGCGCUUGUGCUCAUAUUAAGUGA